CUCUCUUUACAGCAUCUCGUUCAUUCUCUUAACUGGCCUUCCUCCCCCUCUCCUCCUCUUCUUCUUCCUCUUCUCUUCCUCCUCGCUAUAGUCCUCCUCUGACCCUUUUCCCUCUCCCUCUCCUUCCCUCCCUCUUUUUCCUUCUCCCCCCUGCUAUACAAUACAAAUCGGCCUGUCCACCAUGGAGCCCACAGAGUACCUGGUCCUCCUCAUCGGCCCUUCCUCAUUCGAUACCCAUCAUCACCUCCCCGCUCUGCCAUCAAAACAGCAACAACAACAACAACAACAGCAGCAGCACCAGGAAGCAUCCCAUCACUCAGAGACCCUCAGCAACACCUCGUCCCACUCCAUCUCCUCCUCCUCCUCCACAUCCACCGCAACAACCGCGACAUCCAGUGCCUCUCAUGUCUCCUCUACAUCCUCCUCACGCCUGUCCCCACCUAGGAAGAAUCACCGCUCCUCACGGUCAAAGUCAAAGUCAACCCCAUCUACCUCCCGUUCACGUUCAGAGUCUCGGUCUAGCGACGGCGCCGGCUCUCUGGCCUCAAUAUUACGCCUCGCCGGAUUAAAAGUCUUGACUGCCGCAACGUUUGAAGCAGCCCUAACCCUUCUCGAACACCGCCCUCCAACGGAAUCUCGACCAUUGAUACUGCUCGUGGACGUCGACACAGAGCUCGAGCUCACAGCAUUCAAUUCAUCUGGAUCUUAUUCAACUCGUCUGCGUCGCCCAACAUCCCAGAAGAAUGUGGGCAACCAUAAUGGUGGACCAGUGGACUCGGGCACAAAACUGCUGCAGGCCAACGGUCAGCGCCACUCGAGGGCAACCGGCGAUGGUACAACAUCCAAGGGAUCACAGCAGCGAGGACGUCGCGCGCACAGCAGGCAGCCCAUGCAAAAUGGUUUGGAGGACUCUCUGUGCGGCUUGGACUUUUUGGAGACAGUGCUGCAAGGACUCGCCAAGGGCACUCUGCGCCAUGUUGUUCCCGUCGCUAUCAGCUCAACUACAUCUCAAGACAGGAUUCUGGAGUUGUUCAACUUGGGCGUAGCAGAUGUCUUACUGAAGCCAAUUGAGGAGCAGGUCGCGAAAACAUUGUUUUUGAAUGCGCACCGCUAUAGCAAAUACAGGACCGCUGUCACGAUCCCCAGAUACACUACCCAGAAGAACGCGCUCGCGCUGCCCAGUCAUACCCGGCUUCGAGACGUGUUUUUGAAAGAUCAAUGGCUAUCCGAUAUAUUGAUCAGUCAUUACUGCCCCGCUCCAAGCAAAAUGUCUGUUCACGACUUUCCCUCCAUGUCAUCUUAUGCUGCACAGGAGCGUGUUGAGCAGCUCAAGCACCGACUUCUCUCAUGGGAUUUCCAUCCACACGAUUUGUGUGAGGACGAUCUGAUGCGGUGCGUGGUGAUUGUCAUUCAGGAGGUCAUGAAGCUGGAGGGCCUGGGAGACUUGAACAUUCCUGAACACUUGCUUCAUCGUUUCGUGAUCGGACUGCGUGAUUCGUAUCAUCGAUCAAAUCCAUACCACAACUUUGCACAUGCGGUCGAUGUUCUCCAGGCAACAUUUUAUUUUCUCUGCAGGAUGGGCAAGCUUCCACAGACUGGAAACGGCUACACUUCCCUGCCUCAGGCGAAGGGUCAUGACAGCGACACCAACGACAUGCAGCAAGAGUCAGAGGCAAACGAAUCAUCGGCGACUAUACCCAUGGAUAGCAAUGAUGCUACUAACACUGAAGAGAGUGCUCCAUCGCCACUUCGGGUCCAGGAUUUCUUGCGACCUGAGGAUAUCUUUGCGCUUAUUGUCGCCAGCAUCGGUCACGAUGUAGGACACCCGGGUGUGAAUAACAUGUUUUUGGUUAAUGCGCAUACCCCAUUGGCUCAGAUCUACAAUGAUCGUUCUGUUCUUGAGAGUUUUCACUCAAUGGCACUCUUCCAGGUCAUGAAGAAGCAUGGCUUUGAAUGCUUUGAUGUGGACUCUCAGAACCGCAAGUUCAUGGAGUUCAGGAAGAUGGUCGUAAGUACGAUUCUCGCCACGGACAUGGGACUUCACUUUGACUAUGUUGGCAAGAUCAAGGAACAGACAGAACGUCUUCGUAUGCGGGGUUUGCCAGGCGGCAAUGUGCCCAAGCCAAACCAGGCAAGCAUUGAUGAGCAGGAGCGAUUAGUCCUUUGCGGCUCGCUUAUCAAGUGUGCCGACAUCAGCAAUGCCUCGAGACCAUUCCAUGUUGCGGAGCGAUGGUCGACUGUGUUGUUGCAGGAGAUGUGCAACCAAGCGGACAUUGAGAAGGAGAUGGCGGUGUGCUCUGGAUCUCAGUCGGUUCCUGCUGGAUCAACCAAGAGUCUAGCGAAUGAUCGCGGUAUGCAGAUUGAUUCGCAGCUGGGUUUCAUUCACGGCUUUGCUAUGCCUUUGUUCAGCAGCGUCAGGGAUAUGAUUCCAGAAAUGGGAUAUUGUGUCGAAUACCUUCAGAUCAACCACCAGAUCUGGCAGGAUCGCAAGACAGAGUAUCUGAAGAACGGAGGCGGGGUGUUCACGAUGGCUAUCAACGCCUCCACUACCAACACUGUUACGACCGAGAGCAACGCUCACAGUGAAGAUGAAACGGAUCAGGCUCAGAAGUUGGCACUGGCUUCCUCGGGUUCAAGAAGGAACCAUGGCAGAGUUAGGAGUGCAAAUGGAAGGGUGACACCCAAGGAUGGGGCCCAGAAAUCAGGCACGAGGACUCCACAGCAGCACCGUGGAUCAGAAAUGGAAGAGAACCAGCAAAGCAUAAGGUCGGAGGUCAAUGUUUCUGUGAAGGUGCAUGCAGUGAGCACGAGUACAAGGCAAGCAAAUGGCGUGAAUGCGAGCACGAGUGCGUCGCUGGAGAUGGCAGCAAACGUGAGCUCGAUUCCUCGGCCAAGAACAUCAACGACGAGAUCAAAGGCUGUGACAGCUGAUAGUGCUGUGGGUUCAAGAAGCAGCAGUCAGGAGAGCCGGCCCAGGUCGUUAAAUUAUCAUGGCCGUGGACAGGGUCAGGGUCAGGGUCAGGUUCAAGGUCAAGGCCAAGGUCAGCAAUCCAACACGAAUUCUCGUCCUCGGGAACCAAGUUCGCGGGUCCGAACGGUUACAUCGACAACGGCUGGUAACACGCUAUCUGUGCCGGUGUCCGGAGAAGGAUUAAAGGCAGGAAGCAGGCCAGGAAGCAGGCCAGGGAGCCGACCUGGGAGCCGACCUGGAAGCAGGCACAGCAGUCGACCGGGAAGUAGGGCAGGCAGUAGACCGGUCUCACCUAUGAUUCAGCAAGGAGGAGGGGAAGAGAAGACGAAUUCGAGGAGCCAUCGAUCUCCGGGAAGGCGGUCGCAGGGACCUGUGCAGGGUCAUGGCCAACAUCAGUCGCAGCAUCAGCAACAACAGCUCCAGCAGCAGGAGAAGGAGGAAAGCAUGAGGAGUGGGGUUGUUGAGGUGACGAGCAUGUAGAGUCAAAGUCAUGAAAGAGUAAGAUUACAAAAAGAAAAAAAAAAAAA